AUGCCUGCCGCCUCUGGGGCCCCAUCUCAGACCGGUAAAACCCAGCAAGGCCUCCUCCCCCAAUUAAACCUUUUAUUAGGGAGAAAUCACACAGACUGCCUGCCUGAGCACCAUGGGAGUAGUAGUACUCAGCAGCCUGUACCAGACUAUCAGACUGGAGGGGGCACAUUAUUGGGGUGCAGCCAGGGCCCCCCCAGUUAAACCUUUUAUUAGGGAGAAAUCACACAGACUGCCUGCCUGUCUGAGCACCAUGGGAGUAGUAGUACACAGCAGCCUGUACCAGACUGGAGGGGGCACAUUAUUGGGGUGCAACCAGGGGCCCCCCAGUUAAACCUUUUAUUAGGGAGAAAUCACACAGACUGCCUGCCUGAGCACCAUGGGAGUAGUAGUACUCAGCAGCCUGUACCAGACUAUCAGACUGUAGGGGGCACAUUAUUGGGGUGCAGCCCCAGUUAAACCUUUUAUUAGGGAGAAAUCACACAGGCUGCUUGCCUGAGCACCAUGGGAGUAGUAGUACACAGCAGCCUGUACCAGACUAUCAAACUGGAGGGGGCACAUUAUUGGGGUGCAGAUUAUCGACCAUGUGAAUUUUUAUUUAUAUGUGACCUUUGACCCUCUGAUAUACAUGGUCCAAAUCAAGUUUUAGGACUCACAUACUAAGAAAAUUAAAUCUAAAUUUAAUUUAUUCCAUUUAAUUUAAUAAAAUCAUAGACUGCAAUGUAUGAACACGGUAUAGCUCCAAGCACCGCCAACAUAAGUAUGCGUUGCCUCACUAUUUUUAUGCUUUCAUUUUAGUAAUGCCGAAAAUGUUAUUUACAGAUUUAUAUUUAGAGACUGUGACCCUCUGAUAUACCUGGGCUGGAUCAGGUUUUCGGACUCACAUAUAAAGAAAAUGAAAUUAAUACAUAUAUAUAGUUUUAAUUUAAUAAAAUCAUAGACAGAAAUGUAUUAUCAAGGUAUGCCUCCAAGCACAGCCAACAUAACCAGGCUUUGCGUCUUUUAAUACUUUAAUUUUUGUAAUGCCCAAAAUCUUAUUUGCAUUUAUGAAAUUAAUUCUAUAUUUAAAUACUGUCCUUUCUGCUAGUUUGGUAUAGAGACAUUAUCAUACAUAGGCCCUAACAAUUUCAACUUUUUAAAAUUACUUAUCUACAAAAGUAACCAUUAACAUCUAUGGGAAUUUUUGUACAUAACAAAUUGAAAAUAUAUAUUUUUUACAACAGAUUAGAAUAAUUUCGGAUGCUGAUUUAAAUCCAUUGAAUCAAUUUAAUUGGUUAAUUUUAUAUUCUAUAAAAUGUGCGUGUGUGUGUGCAGUAGUGUAUUUUGGAUUUGUGCUGCCCUAGGCACGACUAAAUUCGGGCACCCCCAAAAUCUAAAUUUGCACCCCCAAUUCGUGUCAAGGCCACUUUUUUGACUGACAGACACAUGCCCUCAUUGGUACAUGCACUGAUACACACUCACUGACAGAUACAGUUAUUGGCACACACACACACUGACACACCCAUUCUCACUGAAAGAGACACACACACUUUCACUCACUCACAGACACACACUGACCGCUACACUCAAUCACUCACAGUAAGGUGGACGGCCCCAGAACACGAGGCAAACAAGACAUUUGUCUUCGAGCUUAUGGUGGCAUUUUUUGGUGCCCCCCCCUGAAAGUGUCUCCCUAGGCAAAUGCCUUGUUUGCGUUGUGGUAAAUACAUCCCUGUGUGUGUGUACGUAUGUAUUGUGCAUGAGUCAAAAAAAUAUAAACUGUAUUUCUUUUUUAAACAGAGGUCCAGAACAAAAAGAGAAGUUACAGCAACGUCCACGAGGCGGUGAGGUUUGGAGAUGUGGAACAACUUGCCACAAUUGUGAAGAAUGGUGUGAAUAUUAAUGAGGUGGAUCAGGUUCACAGAUUCACACCAUUGCAUUGGGCUGCACACUCUGGUAGCUUGGAGGUAAUGAACCACAGAAAUCCACUAUCUGGCAGCCCGUGUUACCUAAUUUAUCAGUAAGGUCUUCAGGUGCCGAAAUGAUGAUGUUUAUGUUUAUACCCAACUAGAUGUGAUAGGAGUUUUUAUUUUGUUUUCUGAUGUGCUUAGUUUUGCCUGCACUAUCAGGAGAGCCUCAUUGAUUUUCUCUGUUCCAAGGCUAUUUCAUUUAGAGACACAAUUUCAAAUUGACGUUCACUUGGAUAGAAAUAGGAAUUUGUUAGGAAAGCGCAGUAAUUGCAGUACCACUAAACCGGCAUAUGCACAUAAGUAAGAACUGAUAUCCAGCACUCCUCCUUAAAGAAAUAUUCCAAACACCUAAAGCACGUUAACCUGCUGAAGUGCCUUUAUGUGUGAAGAGUGUGUCCUCUUUUCCCCUCCCCCCCCCCCUGUACAAAAAGUACAGAUUGUAAUGGAAAUUAAUUAAUCUUGUUACACCCCACUGGAUGUCAAUCAGACGACUGGUCCUGUUACUUCCUGGUUGUUUAUCUCAGUGUCGCUAAACUCAACAUGCAGCAAUUGCCCAGAGCACCUGCCUUGCAAAGACUUCUCAUUGAGCUGCAUUGGUUAGUCUGUGAUUGGACAGCCACAGAAGGUCUGGGCGGGGUUAGACUGGGAGGGCUUGCAAAGGAUGCAGACAAGAGAUGCACAUCUAUUUUUAAAUAUACUCCCAAUAAAAAAAAACAAAAAAAAAAAGAACAGCAUGAUUAAAUGUUUUCAUUGGGGGUUUAUUUACUAAAUAGUGAUUUUUAAAAAUAAUUAUUUUGUAUUUAGAAAGCGGAGUAUCCAUUUAAAGUUAAUGCCAACUUUAUUGGUGCCUCAAAAUGUUGCUUUUCUUCGGGCACCAAUGAAGUGAAUUGUAUUUAUGCUAGACUUUAUCUACUGCUAGCAAUAUUAGAUUUAUUAUAUUCCAUAUGCGGAAUUAUAAACAUCAAUUUUGGAACAAAGUUCUCAUAGUAUGCCAGUUACCAUGGAAACCACGGGCUAAUCCUCCUUUUGUUUCUUUUAGCGACAAAUUUUUUCAGGUCACCAUUUUAUACACUUUUCCUUACAAGGAUUUUGUAUGAAGAACAAUUUUGGGUUAAUGUUAUAAAUGUUGAGAUAUUAACUAAAAUAGUUCAUUUGUUUCUAUUGUAUCUACUUCAUUUUAGACUUUUGCUCUAGAUUGCCUGUAAUGCCUGCAGAUUCUCUAAACUCCUUUCUUUUGUUAAGCAACGCUCUUUGAUAUUGACGGAUAAAGAUGGCUGCCAACACCUGCUGACAGUGUUCACACAUGAUUGCCUGCACACACCGAUUUCACAUUCAAGUAGUAGCUUUGCCGUAAUUGACAUUGCUUGCGUACAUAGCGUUCUUCUGCAUGACUGUGAAUUAAUAGUGCAUUGCUUAUUUUUCUACAGUGUCUACAUUGGUUGCUAUGGCAUGGAGCAGACAUCACCAGUGUCACAACUAGAAGCUGGACAGCAGCACACCUGGCAGCCAUUAAGGGUCAAGAUGCUUGCAUGCAGGUAUGACAAACCAAUAUUCUAACACAAGAUCCCGGCACUGCAUCAUCCAUGGGCCAUAUUUCCCAUGAGUCUUAGCCACCUGUACUGUCUCCUGAGCAGCAAAAGACACAUAAUCAAAAGCUUCCUGGUUAACACAUCCAUGCUCAAGACAAGUUGUUUUUAUCAAAGCAGUGUUCAAGGUCCUUCACUGAUUCACAUUUUGUCGUUUUACCAUUGGAAUAAGAUCGGGCAAUCCCUAAAAAAUACUAUAUCAUUUGGAAUACGCUGGUUUGAAACUUCAUGCUCUAGAUAUCUGAUAAAAUAAUAACAGCACAUGCUAAUAUUUACUGUUUGAUAAAAAAUAUACAUGAAGUCUUUAUGAAUAUUUUUAAGUUACCAAAAAAAAAAGUUUAUGUGUUCAGAAGUGUAAAGUACAUAUUGUACAGUGCUCAGUACUCUAGGUAUAUCCAUCCAUCCAAUCUAAUCUCAUAUGUUGUUCAGCUGCUUUAAAGUUGGAUAAGAAUAAUUAUUUAUAAAGUGACAACGCAUUCCGCAGCGCCGUUCAAUAGGUGGACUAACAGACAAGUUGUUGCCUAUCUCAAACGAGUUUACAAUCUAAGGCAUGGGUCUUCAACCUGGUCCCUACCGCCCACUAGUGGGCGUUUCAGGAUUCCAGGUGGGCGGUAGGGAUUUCCUCAAUUUCAGAGAUCAGGAGGGCGGGUGCGAGCCGGCGGUACCCCUGCGACCGGGUACCGCCGUCACUAUUUGCGGCCCCGCCCGCGCGGCAAACUGCCGGGGCCGCCGUCCAAGGGGUCCAUCAGGUGGCCCAUGCUGUCAGGGACACCUGAUGGAUGUGGAUUGUAUAGGGGCCCGGUCAGCGCUGGGCACUUUAACAGCGUGACCGGCCCCCUGUUAUUACAUCACACAGACCACGCGGGAGGAAGACCAGGGAGUCAGAGUAGGAACUCUGACUCCCAUCCACCUGAGACACCACUGGACCCCAGGGAAAGCCACCCUCCUGCACCUAAAAGGUAGAAAACAGGAGGGUGACUAAAAUAUUUUGUGUGUUUGUGUCUAUGUAUGUAUGUCUUGUGAGUGUGUGUGUGUCUGUCUGUAUAUAUAUGUGUGUAUAUAUGUGUGUCUUCUCUUUGUAUGUAUGUGUUGUGUGUGUGUAUGUCUUUGUAUGUGUGUCUUAUGUAUGUGUCUGUCUGUAUGUGUCUAUGUAUGUCUUAUGUGUGUGUGCCUGUCUGUUUGUAUGUAUGUGUGUCUGUAUGUAUGUGUGCCUGUCUGUUUGUAUGUAUCUGUCUUUGUAUGUGUGUCUUGUGUAUGUGUGUCUUGUGUGUGUUUCUGUAUGUAUGUGUGCCUGUCUGUUAUAGUGGGCUACCUAGCUCAGCCUUCCUACUAGGCAUUGCUAUAAGGAAGGUUAAACAAUAGAAAAAAGGGAAAAAAAAGUGGGGAGGGGAAUUGAUGAGGGAGAGGAGGGGAGCUAACGCACAGAUGAGAAAUCAUAUUAUGCGCAAACAGAGAAGUCGUCUGAAUAUCACCGAAAGAGGAGACCUUUGUUUGUUCCUUACAAAAAUCGAACCAGAUAUCAAACAUUUAGUCUCGCAGCAUCAACCUCAAGGAUCUCAUUAAUCACUAGUAAAAGUAAUUUCAAUUUACUUUAUAGUUUUCUCAUUAAACUUUAUAAAGUUAAAAACAUUAUAAACAUGCAUUAAGUAGAAAUAAAAAGAUAAAUGUACGUACAUUUUUUAAAAACACCCUCCUUUCUAAAACAUUUUCCGCGAAAACUGGUGGGCAGUAAGGAAAUUUUUCCAUCAAGAACGAUGCAUUAGUGGGCGGUAGGAAGAAAAAGGUUGACUACCACUGAUCUAAGGGGAGUGGGGUAAAAUGAGAGGUAAUGGUAAGAAAAGUAGGUUGCUAGAGGAGUUUACAAUGAAGGCUUGUUUUGGUUUUAAUUUUUUUUCCAUUCUUUAUUUUGGUGUGCGAGUAUGACAGAUAUUGCCACAACAACAUGGAUAGGCUAGAAAGACAAGUAUACAGCAGUAUGACAGGAUGUAAAACAGCACAUUUCUUUCUGUGGAAAUGAAAACAAGUUAAAUGAAAUGAAAUGAAACCUGUUUUCUUUAUUUUUUUAUUUUUUUUAUGACACGAGGUAAGGGUAAGGUUUUUUUUUUUCAUGUACUGCAAAAGUAGGUUGCUAGAGGAGUUUACAAUGAAGGCUUGUUUUUUUAAAUGACACAGUUACAGGAGAGAAGGUAGGUUAGUGAGGUGAGGGGAAGGAAAUCAGUUUUAUUGUUACUCCUUUUUAAAGAAGUGAGAUUUCAGUGACAUUUAUUUUAUAAAUGAAUAGAGUUUGGGUGAGUCUAAUGGAGCAGGGAAAAUUUAACGUACAUAGGAAUGGUGCAACCUUAGAGAAGUCUUGAAGGUGGGUGUCAGAGGUGCGAGUGUGAACAAAGGAUAGACUCAUGUCUUUGGCAAUGCAUAGGUGCCUGGAUUGGACACCUCUUGUGUAUUAGUGAGGAUAGCUAGAUAGGAGUAGUUAUGCAGAGAUUUGAAAGUGAGGUCUAAAAUUUGAAAGCCCUAUAUCUUAUGUAGAGUCAGUGUGGGUGCAGGAAGACAGGAAGAUUAACCUGGCCGCAGCAUUCAUUAUGGACUGUAGGGGGGCUAGAGCAAGCUCUUCAGAUCUCUAGUGUCCACAGGUGCCUAAUGUUUCCCUGCUGCUGCGGUGGAUAGAGUGAGAAUCUCUGCUGGAUCAGUAGGGGGAGCGCGGACUCUCGCCGCCAUGGAUGAUGGCUCGUGGCUUGCUGCCGCUGUGGCUGGAGGCCUGCUUUGGUGUGUGCUCUUGGAAGGGAGCAGGAUUCUGCCGGCGUGUGUCAUACUGAGGUGGUAUGCUGGGUAAUGGAUUCUGUCCCCAUACAUGCUUUUGAGGCAGCAGCGAAUUUGUCACCAAACAAUUUUCCAGCCGGACCCAAAAGUCCUGGAAGAUUGCUUCCAAUCUCAGCAGGGGGCACCCAGCGAGGCUGUUUUCCUCAGCACAGGUUUGUGUCUAGCUCUGUGCUGUUGGAGAAGUCCUCUCCGCCAUCUUGGGUAGCAUAGGUAGUUGCAGGAGUUGUCUGCUAUGGCCUAGGAGCUGCUUAGGUUCUUCCAGCAGGGACCGGUAUAAACCCCACCGGUCUGAGGGGGGAGAGGUGGCUUGGAGCGAAGGUAGCCGCACAACACACAUUCGAGAACGGGGAAGUCGGCCGUUCCUCGCCAGCCCAGUCGCUCGUUCCUGCUUUGCUCUGAAGGAAGAGAGGUUUGGCCUGCGGUGGUUGUGGUGUCGGCUAGAGUGCUUGGAAUCCUCAGGAAGUGCUAGGAGCACCUCCAGUUGGGGUGCCAGGUGAUCCAUUACAGUCAUUGCUGUGCCCUGCCACUGUCUUACUUUUUCCCUUUUCUACAAAAUUAUAAAUAUCUCUUGGGACUGGCGCUCCAGCUACGGAGUGAUCAGAGGCAGAAUUAAAAAUAUGGAGACAAAAAUUAAAUCACUUUUUUCUGGUCAAAGGUCAGUGCCUUUUGGCAUUGAGGUGGGCACCUAUACUCAGCUGUGUACUCUGCCUAUUGGCAAAUCCAGCCUGGAGUAUAGCCAGAAUUAAAAUGAAAAAAUAAAUAAAUAUAUAAUCGCGCCUAUAUAUAUAUAAAUAUAUAGGCGCGAUUGGUGUUUUCUUUUUUUAUGUAAUUUAUAGCUCGCUAAUUUUGUAAAUACCAGAGUUGAUAAUUUUCUGUUGUUGCAAAGGGCGGGGGUACGCGCUUAUUUCACCUUGGGUUAAUGUGCUGAACAGACUUAUUGUUUUAACAUUAUCAACUCCUUAAUUAGCUUGCCACUAACUGUUCAGCCUUUUGUAAGUAAAUUCCGUUAAAACUUUUUGUGAACGGAGAAUGCAAGCCUUAGUUCUAGUGAUUAGACUAGAUAGACUCCUAGACCAUUAUUAUUAUUAUUAUUAUUGUUGACAUUACAUAGCGCUUUACAAUAUUCUAAGAGGGGAAUUUCACUAUAAAUAGAACAAUUACAAGAAAACUUACAGGAACGAUAUUUUGUAGUGGACCCUGCUCCAACGAGCUUAGGGAAGAACAUUUACAAUUUCUAGAGUUUCUAAAAUAAAUAUUAAUUGGCAUCUAAAAUGGAACACACGUUUUUACUACCAAGGUUUUAGUAAUGAAAUGUCCACCAGGAUCCAUUUUUGUGUUCUGGAAAGUAAUUUUUAAGUUUAAUUUUCAUGUCCAUAAGCACAGAUCACACAGUAUUCAAUAACAAAAUGACAAUAUCUUUGUUUAUCCUCAUUAACGGACAGUGAAAAAACCCCACUUUAGGACACUAAAUCGAGCUUCGGAAUUUAUUGGAUAACUUGCUUGGGGACCUAGAUCUGGUGGGUUAUAUCUAUUUGUCCAUCAAUAUGUUGGGGUGCAUGAUACAUCAUUGUCGUAUUGACACUGCUUUACAUCUUUUGGCAGGCAUUGGUCCUUAGUGGAGCUAACCUGGCAGCUAGAGACGAUCGUCUGUGCACUCCGGCUCACCUGGCUGCAGCCCACGGACAUUCAUUCACUCUGCAAACUAUACUUCGAAGUGGGGUGGUGAGAGCAUAUAUCCUGUUACUGUUAUACAUCUAUAUACACUAUUACUAUUGUAGAUUUUGUUACUACUGAAUCUCCUUUUAACCAUAGUUAUAGGGGACUGCAGGCAUUUUUGUUUUUCGUUCAUUAUAAAACAUAAUAAGACAGAGUUAGAAAAUAAAUAUUGAUAGAUAGGCAGAGGUCACAAUCCUUAGAGUGAAUAAUUUAAUAUUGUUUAAGUAAUAUAAACUAAUGGGUGAUCAUCUGAAAGGAAAAUGGGUGUGGGGUUUGGAACAGGGAAACCAUUAUCUUCCAAUCUUCUUUAUUCUUUCCACAAAGUUCUAACGGCACACCUCUUCACUUCCCAGUCACUUUGUAACCCAGUCCCAAACUUGUCCCUCACAGCUCAAUAUAUCCGACUACAUCGCCCUGCCAUUAUUCCUUGAUCCCAAUUAGUGCAGCCAUUACUUAGACUUCUUCUGUCCUCCAGAUGCAACUCUCCCAUACAAAUGCAAAUUGAUUCUUGGCAUAUACCCCAACUGGAUCAAUCUCACUACAAAAAAAACUAUUUUGCUAUUGUCCCAUUGUAGGGUCUAUUGUAGGGUCUAUUAUCGAGGAUCCCUCCUGAAUUCUUGAUUCGUAUCAACCCCUUUGUCUCUAUUCUAUACAGUACUCACUAUUCAUUCCUUGUCUUUUUUUCCCCCCUACAUUCAAUGUGCAAUGCAUAGUGAUUACAAAUUGCAUCUAGAUUUUACCUUCAUUAGACUCACUGUGUACGGUGUACCGAUUUGCUAUGUUUGUAUAAAUUGUAAAGCGCUCUGGAUAAAAGUGCUAUUUAAGAACGGAUAAAUUAAUAAAUGAGAGCUAUUUCUGGAUUCACAGAGCAUUAUAGUUUUGGUCGGAUCACUGUAAAGUUCCAUAAUGCUUUUUAUCGAACAGGAUGCCAAUAGCACCGACAAAAAUGGCUGGCUUCCGGUUCACUACGCAGCAUUCCAUGGGAGGCUUGGAUGUCUGCAGCUUCUCGUCAGAUGGGGAGGGACUGUAGAAGAUGCAGAUUACAGUGGAAACACACCUGGUAUGAAAACAAGAAUAUCAUAUAUUGCUGAUGAAUUCCAAUAACUAUAUCCAGAUAACAUCUCAGACCUAAAAAGGUUAUUUAUUUAUUAAAAAUAUCGAAGGAAAAUAUUAUUCAUUAAUUGUAACACAAAAAAAGCUCCACCAGUUUUUUUUUGUUUUUUUUAAAAAAGCUCAAACAAUUGUACAAAAAAUUUAGAGCGACUGCAUCCAAAAACAUAAAUGCCACAAUAAAUGGAGUCUAUGUCCCUUUAAAGGGAAAAGGCUAUGUAUCUUCUUGGAACAGCGUGGGAUUUUCUUGACUCCUUGACAGUCAUUGUUUGUAACUGCUGCUCUUCUCUGUCAUUGAACGAGUGGAGGGGGAAAAUAAAAACAAUCUGUUUGCUGCUCCAACUCCAAUGCAACAUGUGCCUGGUGUGAACCGGAUUGUGAUGUCAAUUGCUAGAUUUUUAACUUACAUUUCAAAGAGAAUGAGGCAUCAUGUGAAAAUUGGUUUGCUCAAAUUAUAGUUGAUUUUCAUUUUUUUUUUUUAAUUGACACUUUAAUGUCAUUGAAUUGUAUAUAGUGCCCAGAGUCCACUAGCCACCCACAGCCUGGUUCCCACACACUUCUAGCCAUACCAGUUCUUACCUUUAAAGGUAGUCAGGUGACACUCUCAUCCAAUGACUGCAAUUCAUUGCUGCUCAGGUUAAUGCAUCCUCUUUAGCACAAGAAGCACAGAUGGGAUGAGUUGCUGGGGACUCUAGUUUAGCAUUACAAUAUUAAAAACAGCUUACAUCUGAUUGGAAUGAUGGCUCCUAUGGAUUCCAGACACUAUAACCACUUCUUUGACAUGAAGCAGUUACAGUGCCUACAGUUUCCCUUUAAUAGAAGUUACAGUUUCCCUUUAAAAUUAAAAAUUUGUACUUUUGUGAUUUAUUUAUUUUUACUUUUCAUGUCAACCCAUAGCUCACUUGGCUGCAAUGGAAGGCCACCUGCACUGUUUGAAGUUUGUUCUCAGCAAAGUUACCAGUGUCAGUCGAGCUUUGGAAGACAUCAACAAUGAGAGAAAAACUCCAAAAGACCUAGCCCAGAGGUUCUAUAAAGAGAAUAUUGUCCAGUAUAUUAAUGGUGUGGAAUAUGAAAUUGACCACCCAGAGGAUCAGAAGAGUGAGUACAUCAAAAAUGCAAAAUGUUCUGCAGUUCAAGGUAUCGAGGUUUCUUCCACCACAAUAUUAACAUAAAUAUACAGCUAAUUUAGAAUGAAUGCAGCUUUGAAAAUCACAGCAAAUUAACCAUAAAACUCAAAGCAGAGCUUUAAUAUGCCACUUCUUGCUAAUUAUACAAAGUAAAAAUAAUAAUUAAAAAAAUAUAUAAAUAUAUAUAUAUAGUAGCAUCGUGUUAAAACAUGUAUAUCAAAGUGGUUAUGGGCAUUAUUUAUCAUCCUUAAACCGCACUUAACACCUAAAUAAGAUAUAUAUUUUUUAUGUUUGAAUGAAGCACAGCAUGAAUUCUAAUAUAAAAUAAAUUUAACAUAUACCGUAUUUAUCGGCGUAUAACACGCACCUCAUUUUAAGAAGGAAAUUUCAGGAAAAAAAAACUUACAUUUCAAAUAAAGAACUUCUUACCCCCUUCUUACUCCCUCCCUCUCUUACCCCCCUUUCUUACUCCCCUCUUACUCCCCCUCCCCCUCUUCUUACCCCCCUUUCUUACUUCCCCCUCCCCCUCUUACCCCCUUCUUACUCCCGCGCGGAACAGGAGUUUCUGUUUCCUGUACCCGGUCGGACUGACAGGAAGGUGCACACUGAGCGUGCACCUUCCUAUCACUCCGGCCGGCCACCGCGGACAGCAGAGCAGCUCGGCCACGCUACAGGGGAGGGGAGGUGAGAACCAACUGCAGCCGCCUGACCGCUCUUGACUGAGCGCUCAGGCGGCUGCAGCAUUUAAAGGGCCGGCGUAUAACACGCACCCAUAAUUUGCCCCCUAUUUUCAGGGAGAAAAAGUGUGUGUUAUACGCCGAUAAAUACGGUAUUAUGUAUAUGAAGUACACCCUUAUAUUCUCAGUGUUUAUUUGGGAACUGAAACCGAUCAGCUGGCUCCUCUCCAGCUCUUCCCAUUUAAUAUUGAACUGUCUAUGUGAUGCCAGGCAAAAAAGGCAUAUAAUGGUAAACAUGUUUUUCUUCCAACAGAUUUGGCCUUCCCUGCUCACGUAGCUGCCUUCACUGGUGAUCUUGUAACCCUUCGAAAAUUAGUGGAGAGCGGAAUAAUUAAUAUUAAUGAGCGUGAUGAUAAAGGAGCCACUCCGUUGCACAAAAGUAAGUUUCAAACACUGUUCAGUUGUUCGUUUUUUUGCUUGUCUGGGCUAAGGAAGAGCAAAGGCUGAACAUUUGGUGAAUUUAAAAACUGAAUUUGCUGACGGAAGACUGAAAAUAAAUUCUCAUUAUCCCCCCUAUUUAAAAUGUUUGAUGGCAGCAGUCUAUAGUUAAUCAAUUAAAUAAUGGGAACAUUGUCUGUUUAGAAAUCCGUCAUCAAGUGGAUCUGGUGCUAACACAGUAUCACUGCUUACUACAAAAUUAUGUAGGAGUGCCCCCCCGCCCAAACAAGUUCUACAUUGAGCUUCCCAAAACACAAUCCUGUAUCAGAUAUGUACACCAUCUCCAUAGAAGAUUUUUUUAUAUAUGAAGAAUCCAAGAAUAAAUUACUCCCAUUUUUCACUGGUUCCUGCACUGUUGUUUUGGCUACAUUGGCUUAUGUUUAAUAAAAUGAAUUAUUGUUUACACUGAAUUUACUAUCUGAUGUAUGUUAUGUGGAUUGUUGUAUUUACCUUUAAUAAACAUGCUUUAUGUAGUAAAUUACACACACUGGCAUCAUAAGCAUUUUAUUCCAUUAAAAGCACAUAUUUAAACUCUGUGAUGUAUAAUCCGCAUGGAGCCAGAUUUCGAGAACCGUUGAUUAUAUAACACAGAGACAGAGCCUGGCUUCAGUCAGAGUUCAUUUGUUGGUGUAUUGCUACUCCCACCAUAUUUUCCCAUGCCCAGAUUUGCUAGGAGCUCACGUUUCCUUCUUCCUUUACAGAAAUAAACAUAUAAAAUAUGUAUAGUUUUUUUCCUCCAAUUUAUUUAUUUUGAGUGCGAGGUAGAAACUCCUUUUAGUGAUUACAUUCUGCCUGUACAGAAUCCAUGUAGUGUCUUUACCGUUUCCGACUGCUAGAAUAGAGUUCUGUACUUACAAAUUCUGUACAGUGUGAUGAGAGGGGCUGAAUCGAGCCCUUACAGUAAAAUGUUUGCUCUGCUGGGUUAAGGCCAGUUCUGGCGCAAAGGGCAAGAUACAUGUGGCUUCAUGGGGUAAGUUUUGCUUUGUGUAGCCUUAUGGGUUAAUCUAGUUUUUAGAUCUAUACAGAUUUAGAGACGGUCAGAAGGACAGUCUGUGUAUGUAAUGACUGGUCUGCAAUGAUAUGUCUUGACAGGAUGGUGUGUGUAUUAAUAAUUAUAUGAUAUUUAUUUGUAACACACCAGUUUCUGAAUUCUGUAUUGUCACCUCGUUCACCUGCUGUAUGAUAAUAUGUAAAAAGACUUGGAGCAGAUAUAAUUAUGCAACAUCUUAAACAGCUGCAGGACAAGGUCAACUCGAGUGUCUACAAUGGCUUCUGGAGAUGGGAGCGGACUACAAUAUCACUAAUGAAGCUGGUGAAACCCCAAAGGACAUAGCAAGAAGGUAAUUAUCUUUAUUAAACCACAAGUCAAUUUAUCCCUUAGUGUCUCAUUAAUGUUUCCUCUCAAAUAUGAAUAUCUGGAUCUCAUUUUCAAAUGCACUUUCUCAACCCAAAGCCCUUCUCAUUUAUUAUGUAACCUGGUUAAAAAAUCAAGGAGAAAUACAAAAUCACAACUCUAAGUUACAUAAUAAUAAUACAAACAAUCAUCAAAGAUAUAUGACUCUGUCUGUUUAAGCUUGUUAAACAAUUUGAUAUAUCAGAUUUAUUCCCCCACCUUGUUUUGUACAUUUCCAUAUUAUAUUUCUUCUGUUUGCGUCUGUUCAUAAACAGGUCCUCUACAGUCUAUAGGUCAGCAACAUUUCUAAACUCCAAAAAAGUUUUACAACAAAUUAUGAAAGCAAAACUUCUUCCACAUUUAAAUAAAUUUGUAUUCUUUGUUAAAACUGUACAACUUGUUUUAGAAUUGAAAAAAAAUCCAACUGAAAAAGUCUUACUAAAAACAUACAGGGACUUCCACGGUAUCCAUGAGCUUCCACUAAAGUCCUUCCAUUGACAUCAACUGUGAAUUCUUCUGCUCAGAAGAAGAAUUCGGAGUUCCAGUUCAUCACUGUCCUAAAAGUCCUUCUGGCUAGUUAAUACAAUUUGUUUACGUUCAAAACACAUAGCUGUCAUUGCCACCCAAUGUAACCACUUUCUUUGUUGAAUUUUCAUUACUUUUACAUAUGAUUGCAUUGUUUGAUUACUUGUAGACAUUUUUUUUUGUGGAUCUGUUGAAUUCUGUCUUGAGUUCACAUUAUGUAGGUGGAGUUAUUUUUAAAAAAAAAAUUGUUUUUUUGUUUGUCUGUCUUGCUUUAUGUCAAUGCAUAUACAGUUGUAAUCAAAAUGAUUAAACCCCCAUUAAAAAUCAGGCUUAUUGUUAAAAUGUACAAACAAAAGCAAUUAAAAUAGCUCAACACAACUAAUGCUUCAACUGGUUUCCCCAAAUUCGUCUGAAAAUGCAACUUAUAAUGACUUCUCCAGUCUCAAAAUUGUUUAGCUCCUUCAUGGAAAGCUUCUUAAGUACUUAGUAGAGCACCCUUUUGCUGUCAUGACUUGUUGCAAAUGAGAUGCAAAUGAGAUGCAUAGCAAGACUCUAGCUUUUGGCAGCGUUCCUGAGAAAGUUUUGCUUAUGAGCAGUGGCCUCCAGUUCAGUAAUAUUUUUGGGUUUGCAUGCUGCAACAGCCUUUCUCAAAUGCCACCAGAGAUUUUCUAUGAGGUUCAAGUCAGGUGACUGUGAUGGCCACUGUAGAAUUUUCCAGGAAUACUUCUGCAGCCAAGUCUUGGUGGAAUAUUGAGAUGUGGUUGGGAAUCAUUGUCUUGUAGGAAGGUCCAAUGAUGCCCAAACUUCAGCUUUCUCACAGACAGCAUAACAUUUUCUCCUAGGAUUUUCUGAUACUUUAAUGAAUCUAUCUUGCCUUCCACACGCUGCAGGAUUCCAGUGCCACAGGAUGCAAAGCAGCGCCAGAGCAUCACCGAGCCACCACCAUGUUUAACUGUAGGCAGAGCGUUCUUUUCAGCGUAUGCUUUAUUAUUCCUUCUCCAGAUAUAGCGCUAAUCCAUUGACCCAAAAAGUUCCAGUUUUGUUUCAUCGUUCCACAGAAUAGAAUGAUUUAUUUGACCACAUUUCUUGUGCUUUUGGGCCAGUAGUGGUGUACGUCUUCGAGUUCUGGCAUGGAAACCUUCACAGUAAGGCACACGCCUUACAGUACUCUCUGAAACCUCAGUGCCAGUUGCCACCAAGUCUUGCUGCAGGUCUUUUGCAGUAACUCAAGGGUCUUUCACAACCUGCCUUUUCAAAAAUCUGGUUGCAGCUAUUGGUAGCUUCCUCUUUCUGCCCUGUCCAGGUGAUGUAUCCACUGUUCCUUCAACUUUGAGCUUGCGAACUAUAAAGGGGAAAAUUUUUACAAUAAUCGUGACAAAUACAAAAUGUUACAGGAAUUAUAGAUUGAUAAGGACCCUGCUCGAAAGAGAUUACAAUCCAGCAUAUGAUAGCCUUAGCCAUAGUUUAAUGUAUUAUAUAUUCUAAGUUGAGACUGACUCCAGUGGAUCCUUACUGCAUUUUCAUUGUGUAGGAUAAUUUCCAUCCUGGUUUUUGGUUCUAAAAUCUGGCCAUUAGGUGUCCCCGGUUCUCAUCACAUUGAGUGAAAAAUCUCUUGAUCUCUUAGAAUUCAAGAUCAUGGCCUUCAGUUACGGUUGUUAAGUGACGUCUUGCAUCUUUAAAAGACUACUGCAAUGCUAACUAACCUUGGAACAUCAGAUAUUUCUGAACCACAUUUCCCAUGAUGCUUAGCAAGCCUUACAGGAAAUGUAGUUCAGAAACAUUUGGGUAUGACUAGAAAAAAAAGAUGGCUGCUCACUGAUGCUCAUAUAUUUCAAUGAUUGGAGCUGCUUACCUGAGAAUGAAUAGAGCGUAAAAUAACUUGCACUAGAACAGUGUGCUUUCAACAUAAACAAUUUGUCAAGCUGUUAGGAUGUCUUUGCACACGGCUGAAGGUCAUGGUCUCCUGAUGUAUAAUAUACUCUGGAGUAAUAUUAUAAGAAUGCCCUUGUAUAGUUGUAGCUCAGCUCAUUCCAUUUUUGGAUGCUUUGAUAAAGAGAUCUUUGCUUUCUACUGACAGGUUUGCCCAGCUGGCGGCUGUAAAGCUCCUAGGAGGAAACGUUGAAAUGGAUUCUGAUGAAGAACUUAAUGACGAUGAUCCAAAUUAUUUUGAAAGACAUGGAGUGGAGGGCAGUACUGAUCGAAUGGAUGACUUGAACCUGAGCGAGUCGGAGAAAAAGGAAGCACGCAGUACGUUUGUUUUGUUUUUCUUUAAAUAUUCACCAAAACAACUUUAGCUUAAUGAAGCGGUUUUGGUGUAUAGAACAUGCCCCUGCAGCCUCACUGCUCAAUUCUCUGCCAUUUAGGAGUUAAAUCACUUUGUUUAUUAACUCUAGUCACACCUCCCUGCAUGUGACUUGCACAGCCUUCCUAAACACUUCCUGUAAAGAGUCAUCUAAAGUUUAUCCUUUCUUUAUUGCAAGUUCUGUUUUAAUUUAGAUUUUCUUAUCCCCUGCUCUGUGUAUAGCUUGCUAGACCCUGCAAGAGCCUCCUGUAUGUGAUUAAAGUUUAAUUUACAGAUAAAUAGAUACACUUGUUAAAGGUAAAUUACAUCUGAUUGAAAGUUUAACCAGUUUUUUUUUUUCAUGUCAAUCAUAGCCAGGGAAGGUGUGGCUAGGGCUGCAUAAACAGAAACAACGUGAUUUAACUCCUAAAAGGCAGUGAAUUGAGCAGUGAAACCUGAGGAAGCAUGAUAUAUACACUAAAACUGCUAAAUUAAGCUAAAGUUGUUUAGGUGACUAUAGUGUUCCUUUAAGUAUUAUUUAUUAGAAGGUUUAUACUUUUACAGACAGUCAAUGGAAGGCAACAAUUUAGCAGGAUACAAGAAUAGUAACAAAAUAGGAAUCAGUGUAAACACAGUGGCAGUUGGGACAUACAGAAUCAUACUAUAAUUUUGGCAAUGCAUCUGACAUUAAAACUUUGAAUAACUCACAUGCAUUCUCAUAUACAUGGCUGUAUGCAUCGCCUUCUUUUUUAUACUAUGUAUUUAUGAUUCCAGAGGCAAUACAGAUGAAAUGUUUAUACAAUAUAUGAAGGCUAUAUCAGAUAAGAAAAUAUGUAUGCUGCUCAAAGUGUUCUUUCAUUUUUAGUGAGCAGAAAAAAAAAAAAGGUGAAAGCGCACAAACAGUGGAAUAUUUUACCUUUAAAAUCUUGUAUAGGUCCUAUUUUCAGCAACAGACAGUAACUGUGGACCCUAUAUAUAAUAUAUACAAGAAAACAACAUGGUGUAUGCUGUUGAAACCUAUUUACAAUAUGUGGAGAAUAAAAAAGGUUCACUCACACUUUCCAGAGCCACAUAAGUUAGGCUCUGGACUCUAAAGGGAUUUCAUCCACCAAGGGAUACACUGGAUCUGAUCCUCCUCUUAGAUGUUUGUAAUAAGUUUUUCUUAGCAGGAACUCAGGAACCAGGUCAGGUGAAAUGUUAAAAUAAACAUUUAUUUGGUAUAAAAUAAUAAAAGCAGAAAUGGCUGACACAGCAGCUAGCACAACGCGUUUCGACCCUCCAGGGUCUUUUUCAAGUGCAGUAUAUCCUCCCAUUUGCUAACCCACCUAUAUAUGCCUCCAAUUUACCAUAUUGGAGACAGGUGCAGCAGCAGGAAAUGGUAAUUGAAUGUCCAUAUUUGGUCAUUGCAGGAAGCAUCUCACCACCACUAAGAUGGUGGUGCUUCCUGUUUUUACAUAUAUAAAUAAAGAGAGAAAAAAAAUAAAAAUAAAAGGGAAGGAGUGGAAGAAAGAAAACACAUGUUCAUUUUAAUAUGUAUGAUUCCAAGAUGGUGGUGACUUUACUUCCGGUGUGUGUCUUCCGGGGUUCCAAAAUGACUGUGCAUCUACUUCCGGUCGACUUGUUUUCCAAAAUAGCCAUGCGCCUACUUCCGGUCGGCGUAUUUUUGUCACGUUUUUCCUAAGUAGUUGGCUCCUUCUCUCUUCGAACUCCACCUCUCCAUAAAUAUUAGUUCAAAGAACAGCAGUCUUUUAUGUAAUAUAUAUCUGGCAAUAUGUAUAUCGUCCAGAUCCAAUUAAACUCCAAUUAGAUGCCAGAUAGUCCGCAGUAUAUGUUAAUUUAACCAUAAAAGCGAGAAAGAAUAUAGUAAAAAUAAUUUCAUUAAAAAGACAAUGUAUUAGCAGAUACCUAUUUCAAUAAGUAUUAUAUCCCUCGCCCAAAACUUUUGAAGUAAAUAAUAAAUACAUAAAAAUAUAAAUACAUAAAAAAAUCAUAAAAUACAGUUCAUUUCAAAAUCAAUGUUGAGCCCUCAAGAGGUAAAGUGUACAUUUCAAAGAUCCAUUUGGUUUCUUGUAAACUUAAUUUUUGGUUAAAAUCCCCUCCUCUCCAAUGCGUAGUAACUUUUUCUAUAGCAUGGAAUUCCAGUUUUUUUUAAUCGGAGUUGUGAUUUUCAAGGAAGUGUUUGGAUACACUAUGCUUAAUAAAACCCUUUUUAAUGUUUCUUAUGUGCUCACUUAUACGUAUAUUAAGUGCCCUAGUGGUUUUUCCUAUAUAUUGUAAUCCACAUUUGCAUAUUAAAAGAUAUAUCACUCCUUUUGACUGGCACGUGAUGGGGGAUUUUAUCUUAAAAGAUUUUCCAGUUACGUUUGAUACAAAACUUUUUCUAGUUUUUUUUUAGUGCAAUCAGAGUUUUUACAUGCAUUGCACAUACCACAAUGGUAAAAACCUUUCUGUAUUUCUGCCCAAUUUGUUAAAAAAGUCUUUGGUUUCUCUUUAUCAAUAUAGCUUUUUGUUAAGAUCUGCUUAAAAUUCUUUUGCUCCCCUAAAAACAAACCUAGGUUUUGGCCCUAUGUGCUUUAAAAUAUCUUGGUCUUGUCUUAAAAUAUACCAAUUUUUCUUAAUUAUUCCCAUUAAAGAGUUGACAUUGGUCGCAUAAUUUAAAAUAAGAGGUAUUUCAUCAUUUGUUUUAGAUGUAUUUUUCUCUUUAUCUUUUAAAAGUUGGGACCUGUGUAAGUUUUGAACAUAGUCAAUAUCUUUUAAUAUGACUUUUUCAGAAUAUCCUUUUUCUUCAAAUUGUUCUUUUAAAACAUUUGCUUGAUCAGUAAAAGAUGUUAACUUUGAGCAGUUCCUAUGCAUUCUUAAAGAUUGACCUUUCGGUAUAUUUUCUAACCUUUUCUAAAGGAUGAUGGUGACAGCUAUCCAUUUGAAUGUAGCUGUUCACGUCUACCUGUUUAAAAUAUGUUCUGGUCUCUAGUGCGUUGUUUAAAAUAUAUAUUUCUAAAUCUAAAAAAAUUUAUAUUUGUUUUACUGCUCUCUUUAGUCAGCUUGAUACUCCAUGUAUUAGAAAUUUUUUUUUCAAAAAGUUCUAUUGGUCCUCUCCAAAUUAAAAAGAUGUCAUCAAUAUACCUCUUACAGAGGACCAAGUUCACACCAUAUUCAUGGUUAUUAUAUAUAAAGUGCUUUUCCCAAAAGGCCAUAAAAAGGUUAGCGUAGCUUGGCGCGAAAUUGGUCCCCAUAGCGUUCCCUUUCACUUGACGAUAAAAAUCACCCUUGAACCAAAAAUAGUUAUUGCUUAAAAUCAGUUUAACCCCCUCCACAAUAUAAUCAACCAAUAUUUUUCGUGAUCUAUUAUCGUAUACAAGCUUGUUACAUUGCAGGUGAUUAGAUAAAAAUCUUCUUCCCAUUUAAAAUCUUGUAGUAUAUUUAAAAGACUCAGAGUCCUGUAAAUAAGAUGGGCCUGUCUUGACUAGUGGUUGGAGAUGUGCAUCAAUAUAUUGUGAAAGUGUGGAUAAAAUGGAAUCGAUUCCCGAUACUAUGGGUCUCCCUGGGGAGUGGGUAGGGUUUUUGUGCAAUUUUAGUAAAGUAUAGAUGACUGGGAUACUUGGGUGUUCUAAAAAAAGGAAGGAGGAUUCGUCUUUGUUUAAGAUUUUAGUAUCGAUUCCUCUCUUAAGAAAGAGUUUAUAUUUCUCUUUUAUCUCACAUACUGGAUCUUUUUUAAGUUUUUGGUACGUAUUAAUGUCCUGUAAUUGAUUAUGAAUUUCUUGUAUAUAUAGAUCCUUGUCAAGAAUAACCACUCCUCCACCCUUAUCGGUGGGUUUUAUAACAAUUGAAUCAUCUUUUUUCAGAAUAUCCAUAGCUUUUUUUCUCUUUUAUGGAGAUAUUGUAGUUCCAUUUUGAUAGGGGUUUAAUUUUAUAUAUCUCAUCUAGGCAGGCUUGUUCAAAGACUUUUAUGCUGUUGGAUUUUAAAAAAUAGGGAUAAAAACUGGACUUUUUCUUUAGAUCUGAGUUUUUAAAAUUGUCACAUUCUUGUGUUAAAAUACUAGGGGACACAAUGUCUCCUCUCGUGUAAUGUUCUCUAUCAAAGAAUAUCUUUAGACAUAACAUACGGGUAAAAUGAUUAAUAUCUCUAUAUGCCUCAUAUUUAUUUACAGGGCAGGUGAAUUACUGGGGGUGAAUUAAUGGGGGUGAAUUAAAAACCUUUUUUUUUCUUUUCUUUUUUACAUAAUUAAGUAAUUUUAUUGAUUGCCAUUUGGGGUACUGCCUGACAACCCUGGCCAAAAGUCCAGAGCACUGCAUUUAACCUUGUUACUUUCCAAGACACCCUAAAACCUGUACAUGGGGGGGUACUGUGUUUUUUUUUUUUUUUCUCAGCUUGACAAAAGUAGCACUGUGACAUUCCCAACAUGGCUUGUGCAAAAGCCCAAUAAUUCGUAACACAGAUAAACACUGUCAUACACAUGAGAAAACAAACUUAUGUAUUACAUCUUGUACAUUGGAAGUUAGCUUUUCCAGCUACGUGUCAAGGGUUUUUUCGUUUAAUAAUAAACAUUGGUAUUAUGUGAUCGUCAUGUCCUAGAUGUAACAUUUUUGUAAAACACAGUAGGGGUGUAUAGGUGUAUAGCUUUGUGGAAUUUUUCAUCCUUUGUAUAACCCCGUUACUCUGUGUCCCGGUUUAAUAGGGCGGGUUCUGGUCUCAACAAUAACAUUUGCUUACAGUGGUUAGCGUGCACUAUAUCUAACUUUAACGGUGAUUGACAUAUAUCCUUCGGUGUCAAGUAGCGUACAAUAUUUUAAGGUAGUGGUUUUGGUUGGGAGGGAACGCUGUCUCUCGUCCCUUGUGGUGUGACCCCGGACCCGCCAGGGGUUAACUAAUUUGCUAGGAAGCAAGGUUCGGUUCCCAGGUUCCCCCGCAAUAUUGUGAAUGAAAGAGAGAGAAAAUCUAGAAAGAAGAAGAAAAUGAGGGGGGAGGGGGGAGUGGGGCAAGAGGUGGCAAGGGAGAAAAAAAGGGGGGGGUAAGGUAUGGGUAUACAUCAGUUCAGCGUGGUGUUGGGUUUGUGUCUGUCUCUUCUGGGGUCCCAUUUCAGGACCAUCCCUAGCCUCAGGUGGGUUAGGUGUAUGUUGUAUCGUCAGAGAGGUCUCUACUCUGCCAUGGGCCCCACAAUUUGUCGAAACUGGUCAUGGAUCCUCUUAUCCGAGCAGUCAAAUUGUCCAUUAGGUGCACCUCUUUUAUGUUAGAGAUUACCCUCUGUAUGGGUGGCAUUUCUACUUGUAGCCACGUCUGUGCUACUGCUCUCCUCGCGGCUAGUGUAAUCUUGUGGAUCAGUUUCUGUUCCCUCUUUGUCCAGUCAUCUAAAGAUCUGUUAAGCAAAUAUGUCUAAGGGUCUAAGUGGGGCGCUCUAUGGAAAAUUCUGUUAAUUAAGUUGUGUAUAUUUGUCCAGAAGAUUUGCACGUGAGGGCAUUCCCACCACAUGUGGAUAUAUGUGCCUCUAAGGCCGCAACCCCUCCAACAGUUAUCGGUCGGUGUUUGUUUCAUGCGGUGCAGUUUGGCCGGUGUGGUGUACCACCUGAACAUUGUUUUAAAUGAUUGUUCUUAAAGGGAAACGCAUAUGGAGACCAAGCUGUUUGCCUCCCAAAUUCCCCUCCAGUACCUCUCCAGUACCUCUCCCAGAUCUUUUUCCAAGGCGUCGAUAUAGGCCAGGGUACCCCAUUCCCCCGUUUCUGAGCAUAUGUGUGUGUACAUCUUGGUUAUUAAGCCCUGCUGCGCCUUUUCAGUGAGGCACAUCCUCUCAAAGAAAGUUUGCGGCUCCCUGGCGGCCUGUUGCACAUGUGGGUGUUGUACGUAGUCCCUAAUUUGUAAAUACCUAAAGAAAUCUGUGGGGGUGAGAUGUGUCAGCUGUUUUAGGUGGUCAAAGGUGACCAGCUGGCCGUGUUCGAACAUAUGGCAGAUCCUCUGCAGUCCUGCUUUUUCUAGGUUCGUAAAAUCUCUCGCUGCCAUACCCGGGACGAAAGCCCUGUUUCUCAGGAGGGGUGUCAGUGGGGAUGGGGAGGAUGCCAGGGAGUUUAGUAUGGCAGGGCAUGCGGUCCUUAAGAUUGGCCUGUCUUCCCUGGGUACCCACAUAUGAUAUUGGGGGAGGUCUGCUCCUUUCAGUAGGGACUCCAGGUCUACCCAUCUCCUCACUUCCAGUGGUGCAUGCCACAUUGCUACUUGCGCGAGUUGCGCCGCUAAGUAAUAAAUAAAGAAUAGUAUACGGGGCAGGAUAUUCAUUUUAACUGCGUGUAUACGCCCGAUCCAGGAUAUUGGUUUAUCCUGACACUUUUCCAUGUCUUGUAUUAGGGUUCGUAUGAGCGGGCCAUAGUUUAGUUGGUAAAUUUUGGUUGGGUCGCCUGGCAAUUGUACUCCUAAGUACUUUAGUUGGUCUUUUGCUAUGGGGAUGUUGUAAGUGUCCCCCAAUGCCGCCGUGUCCUCCGCAGACCGGCCCAUCGGGAGGGCGCUGGAUUUUUCUAGGUUUGCUUUGUAUCCGGAGAAUGCUCCGAAUUGUGUAAGGACUUCUUGCAGAGCUUCCAAGGAUUCCUUGGGCUUCGUAAGGGUCACCAGUACAUCAUCCGCAUAUGCGGACACUAGGAACUCCUGUCCUCUCACCGCUAUCCCCUUUAUGCAGGGGUGUUUACGCAUAGCUUGUAGGAGCGGUUCUAGCGUGAGCACGAACAGGAGCGGAGAUAGGGGGCAUCCCUGCCCUUAAGCACCGUGAUUGCCUUGUCUAUUUCCUCGAUAGUGAUAGGAUCGUUUAGAAGCGCUGCCGCAGCCGUCGGGAGUUUUGGUAGGUCUAGGUCUUUCAGGAAUGUAUGCAUGCGUUUCGUCUUCUUGGGAUGCAGGGUUCCUGGGUGUGUGGUUGUAUAGCUUGUUAUAGUAGUCUGUGAAGACCUGGGCUAUGUCAGAUGGGGUAUUCUUAAUGGAGCCGUCCUUGUGUUUGAUCGUGGUGAUAAGGGUACUAUCCUGCCAUGGACGCAGGGUUCUGGUGAGCAGUGUAUCCAUCUUAUUCGAUUUUUCAUAGUAGGUCCUUUUGGUCCUCGAGAUGGCUUUAGCUGUAUCGUCCAAUAGGAGUUCCGAGAUGGAUCUUCUGGUUCCUUUCAGUUGUUCAAGAAGUUGUGGAGUUGGUCCGUCUUGUGUUUUUGUUCGAUCUUCCUCAGAGAGUCCAGGAGUUGUUUUAGUGUCUUCAUCUUUUGUGCUUUUUUCCUGGUUGCUAGUUUGAUGAAUGAGCCCCUGAUCACUGCUUUAUAGGCCGCCCAGAUGAUGCUUGGGGUCAUGUCCUCCGUUUCAUUCGCAAGAAAGUAUGCCCUAAAGUCUUCGCGUAUUUCUGCCUGUGUGCCUCUCUCGUAGCAGGUAAGAGUUCAUUCUCCAGUUCCACGGUGAAGCUGUGCAGAGGUUCCCCAAUGUCAGGGAUAUGUCUGCAUGGUCCGACCACGUGAUGGAUCCAAUCUUCGAGUUUACCGCCCUGGCCAUGCUGACAUUAUUCACUAGGAAAUAGUCCAUCCUGGAGUAAGUCCCGUGAGGAGUGGAGUAGAACGUGAAGUCUAAGUCACUAGGGUGUUGAGCCCGCCACACAUCCAAGUCGGUGUUUUGAAUGAAGUCGUGUAUUAAUUUAUCUUGGCUCCCUUUGCCCUGUGACCUCUGUUGACCUGCUCUGGGUCUUUAUCUUGGUGGUUAGGUUCUCCCAGAAUGUGGUGUUGUAUGUGUUGGGGGCAUAUAUAUUUAUCAGGUGGACCGGGUGUGAGUAUAGGGUUCCUGUCAGGGCUAUGUAUCUUCCAUGUGCGUCCAUUUCCGAGGACAGUAUCUGUAUCGGACAUUUUUUAUUUAUGAGUAUGGCCACCCCGUUACCCUUGCGGUGUGAUCUAGCUUCGUAUGAGGUGGAGUAUGUGCGGUCUCGUAGAUGGAAUGCCGUGUUUUUGGAUAUGUGUGUCUCUUGUAGGAAGGCUAUGUCCGCUUCUAGCCUCUUAAUUUCCCUAAACAUUAGGCGCCUCUUUUUGGGGGCAUUCGAUCCUUUAAUGUUUAUGGACGUCAGGUUCAAGGCCAUCCCUUUGGUUGAGUACCGUGCUUACCUGUGUCUAGGGGCCUUCCACCCUGUCUGUUUGGGCUGCUGCCAGAGUGCCCAGGUGUCACCUUCUCAAGGCUUCUACAACUUACUGAACAUGGCAUAUAUGGAAAGGGGGGUGAGGGAGGUAGGGAGAGGAGGAGAAGUAGUAAAGAAGAAGUAAAGAAAUAUGGCUGAUCUUACCAGUCGCCAGUCCGGUGUGGGGUGUGGUUCCCGGAUCCAUUCUCCCGAGGAUGUGGGGAGAGUAGAAAUUGGGUCCCUGUACCGUGGGGGUGUCCACACCGUGAUUAGGUCGCUUAGCUGUGCUAAGUGAUUAAUACUGUCAGGUCAAGGAGAUUAGUCCUGCGCCCUGUAGUGUUCGGGGGCUUCCCCGAUUGGGGUGUCAGGACGGGGGAGGGGGAGCCUGUGGGGUCUAACGUGUAGAGCCCCCCCAUCCCCGGUCUCUGUUGAGUAUGUUCCCCCCCGCCCCCUCCCCAUCUUCAGGUUUCCCCCCCCCUUAGCCACAGUAUCUGCGGCCAACCCGUGCCAAGCUUGGCCCAGUCGGCUCCCCUUCAGUGUGCCCCCGGUACCUCAUUCGCCGAUGGUCUGCCACUCUCCCGGCAGGGGUUGGAGGUCAGCCGUGCCGGUCAUCGUUGCUGGAACUUGUGUCGGAGCCUGGAUCCCCAGGUCCGCGAACAGAGCGUUGGCAUCGUCUCCGGGCUGCAAGAUGUGGGUCUUGCCUUUGAGGAAGGCCAGCAAUUUAAAGGGGUAACCCCAUGCAUAGCGCACGUUCACCCUUCUCAGGGCCUCCGUAAUGGGCUUCCACUCACGUCUCCUUUGUAAUGUAGCCGGGGCUAAGUCCUGGUAUAGGUCAGGUUGGCUCCCUGGUAUGUGAUUGGGCCGUCUCUCCCCCUCCGCUUCUUUGGUUUGGAAGUGCAGGAAUCUGAUGAUUAUGUCCCCCGGGCCGUUUGUGUCCAGCCUCCUGGUGCAUAGUGCCCUGUGAGCCCUCUCUAUGUGCCACAGGUGAUCCGGCAAGCCGGGCAGCAAAGGUUUGAGUAUGGCUGUCACUGCAUCUGCUACCGGGCCUUCCCCCGAGUUUUCUGGUAGGCCCCUAAGGCGCAUUGUUAUUGGGGCGUGACCUGUUCGCCAUUUCUUCUAUGGCCAGCUCGGCUGCCGCCAUUCUGGCAUUUAACUGGUUCACCUGCUGUAUCGCUGUAUUAUGGGCCAUCGUCGUAGCUUCCAAGCGGGAUUCCAGCCGCGUAGUGCGAUCGCCUAUAGUAUUUCCCCGCGCAGGACCCGUGUGGAGCGCUCGAUCUCCCCUGCUAGGUAGGUUUUUACCUUGGCCAAAGUGUUCAGGAUUUGUGCUGUGUCUGCCGUUCGAGGUGUUCCUCCUACCGCGGCUCUGGCUGGGGAGCUUGCAUUUUCUGUGUCUGUGUCGACGCCAUCUUGCGGGCCCGCGGGUCCAGCACGUGUGGCUGCAAAGAACUCCGCCACGGAGGCACCCGUUUCCGGGCCCUUCUUCGGGUGUUUCUUGGCUGGCCUCUUCUCCAUACUUAUGGGCUCCCUGGUGAUUCACUUAGAGAAUUUAGCACGCUGAUAUUAGCUUUCUGUGGUGCAGUCGGAGCGGAGCUCUAGGCAAACACGUCCUGCUCACUCCGUGUCCAGGCCACGCCCCCCUUAAAACCUUUUUUUAAAACAUUUAUUUGGGUUGAGGACAAUUGUUUCUUUGAAAGGUUAAAUAUUUUUAUUUCAUUACUUGUCUUUUUAUGGGUCAUUUCUUCCUUUUCUCUAGGAAUAUAUGUCUCUGCUCUGGUUCCUCGUCUGACCCUCAACCUUUUCCUGGGUGUUUUCUUGUACAGCACUUGGGCCUAAAAAAAACUUCCUCCUCUCUAUCACUGUUUAGACGAUCAUACCUAUUUCUUAGAGGGAUUUGAAAUGGACGGUAUUCUUGUUCUAUUCUUUUAUUUCCAUUAUAUUCACAGUUAGACUCUUCCUUUUCUCUUGUCUAUACUAGAUGAAUAUUGGGAAAAGAACUAAACCAGAUCCCUUACCCCAAAGAUGUAGAUAUUCAACAGUCAUCCAAGAGAGAAAACAAGGAGAAUAUAGACAAAAUAGAGAUCACCAGAAAAAUUCCCAUUAUUCAUCUAAUAUAGACAAGAGAAAAGGAAGAGAGUCUAACUGGCAAUAUAAUGGAAACAAGAAUACCGUCUAUUUCAGAACAGGUAGACGUGAACAUCCAAAUGGAUAGCUGUCCCCAUCAUCCUUGGUUAGAAAAUAUAUCGAAAGGUCAAUUUUUAAGAAUGCGUAGGAACUGCUCAAAGUUAACAUCUUUUACUGAUCAAGCAAAUGUUUUAAAAGAACAAUUUGAAGAAAAAGGAUAUUCUGAAAAAGUCCUAUUAAAAGAUAUUGACUAUGUUCAAAACUUAGACAGGUCCCAACUUUUAAAAUAUAAAGAGAAAAAUACAUCUAAAACAAAUGAUGAAAUACCUCUUAUCUUAAAUUAUGCGACCAAUGUCAACUCUUUAAUGGGAAUAAUUAAGAAAAAUUGGCAUAUUUUAAGACAAGACCAAGAUAUUUAAAAGCAUAUAGGGCCAAAACCUAGGUUUGUUUUUAGGGGAGAUGUUGGCACUCAUUGACCAAAUGAUCUAGAUCCAAGGUUUGGGCCUUCAGCAGACACUGUAGCGCUUGCUCGUACCUCUUUACUGUAACUUCAUUGUAGAGACAUGGCGGUAGGUAGGUUGGUUGAAUACUACAAUUCUUGCCAACUUAUCUUUUAUUCCCUUUCUAUUAUUGAGGAGCUGCACUUUACUUUUCAUUAAUUAUUUUCCAAACCACCAUUACCAGCAUUUAAUCGUUAUCUUCAUAAAAAAAAACAUAUUUUAAAUCUAGGUAUGCCAGAUAAACAUGCUGAGACAUUUGGUACUUAAAUUAAUUAAAUUAAUCCGUUCUGCAUACCGGAAUAUACACAAAGGUCAAAGACGGAUACCGGUGCACUGUGAGAUGGGAUCUGUAAUGUAAAGACAUUAUCUUGAUGAACCAGUAGCGUCCUUGGGCUGUGGUCUCGAUGGAGCAAUAUUCAUUAAUGUGCAGAACAUAAAGCACAUGUUCAUUAACACAGCCCUAUGCAAGAGGUUCCCUGGAGUAAUUUAGUCUUGUAUUUUAGUAUUUUAAAUGGUGUAAUAGUUGUUGCCAUGAAUAGCCAAACUGUUGAGAAUUAAUUUUUUACAUUUUAGACCCAAACCCAAAAGUUGAUCUAGAAACAAGUGACUUAGAGACCAUUUUUCCAGUCUGCCUAUCUUGUCCUAAAGUUAGCAAUUCACUUAGUAAAUAACCCUGCGAGAGAGGUGAUUUUUUUUUUUUAAUGUUAUAUGAAUCUCUCCUUUUGCAGUGAGAGCUUACAAAAAGUUGAAGAAAGCUGAAAAUCGCCUGAAGAUUGCAAAAAGCAAUUACAAUCAUCUUGGCGGGGUCUUAGAAGAAGAGAUCCAAACGAAGAGAGAGAAGAAAGAGUGGGAAAAGUAAUGUAUCAUGUCUCCUUGCCCUGGGAUCCAGGUUAUCCUUCCAAUUAUCCUAUUUCCUAUGAAGUAACGUAGUAAAAUAUCUGAUCAACAGAAGCUCUAACAUCCAAGUAAAGUAGCUAAACCUAGGUCGAGUAGAUCAUGCAUUUAGUUUUGAGGUUCUGCAAUUCUGGCGACCAAAGCUGAAUCUUGUAAAAGAGCACCUAUCAUUAAAAUAUAACAUGCAUAUACUAUGCUCAUUGCAUAUACAUUGCAGCAAAUGAAUAGCCGAAUGGUGCAAUUGAGGCUCGUAAAAAUCAUGCUAUGACUAUAGCUCUGCUGGAUCUCAAUUCAUUACAAUUCUGAGUUUAGUGGAGAAAACUGAACAUGGUUAUUCAAUAAACUGGGAAUUGUAGGAACUUGGAAACUUUAGACCAAAAUAGCCGAAUUGGAACAAUGCUUCAAGUCCGCUAUCAUUCGGUUUGGCUAUAUAUUCUAAUUUACAAUCAUUUCCCUCUUACCUGGCUAAUUACUCUUACAGUGGCUGCUCACACACUUUGCUAGCCUAAUUGCUAACAAAAACUUAAACUUCUCUUGAUUUGCAUUUUUGGCCUUUACCCCCAAUGCUACUGGCAAAAGGUUGGAAACUUUCAGUGAGCUCCUGUGUUGUUUUCCUAACAAUAAACUUCUGAAACCUGUUUAGUAGAAACAAUAUUUGGAACCAGUACUCAUCGUGGCACAAUUAUAAAGUUUUCUAAAUUCUGCAGAGUGCUAAAAGAGCUGGAAGAACAGCUGGAAUAUGAACGGCUGCGUAGAGAGAAGAUGGAAAUCCAAAUGGAUGAAUACAGGGUACAGAUUGCACAUCUCAAAGAGUGUCUGGAAAAGAUGAAGCCGUCUCCAACUCCAUCAGUAAGUACAUCACUGGCCACGGUUCUUGACAGCCAUUAUUUUUCCCCUCCAGAAAACGGUCAUGUUUUUUUAUUUUAUUAUUAUUGCUGGGAAUAAAGGAUUCAACAUAAUACACUUUUGUUGUGUAUUGUUUUGACAUAAAUACACAUAUGUUAAUCCUUUAUUUCUCUUGAUUUACCGCUGUUCUGUAGAUGCGGCCAUCUUUUGUCCUCUCCGGUAAGAAGUGUUGCUUAUCUGCUAAGACCAUACACAGUUUGUAGCUCUGAAACUAUCCCAGAUAUCAGGAUUCAUGAAUUUACACUAACUCUUAAUAACCUGCAAGGUUUUUUGCUGAAAAAGUUGUGCUUAAAUGAAACACUAUAGGGACAGGAACACAAACAUGUUAAACACCAUUUAGGUAGCUUCUCCCCUCUCCCCCACGCACUGACCUGCCACUUUGGCUGACCUCAUCAGAUUUGAUGAUCUCAGCCAAUCCAAUGCUUUCCGGGGUGGAGCCAAACACCAGCCUGGCCAAUCAGCAUCUCUUCAUAGAGAUGCAUUGAAUCAAUGCAUCUCUAUGACGAAAGUUCAGUGUCUCCAUGCAGAGGGUGGAGACACUGAAUGUCAGUCACACUGUGCAGCACUGCCCCAGGAAGCACCUCUAGCAGCCAUCUGAGGAGUGGCCAUUGGAGGUGUCCCUAAACAGUGUUUACUGCAAAAAUCCUGCAUGGACUGACUAUACUCACCAGAACAAAUACAAUAACCUAUAGUUGUUCUGGUGACUAUAGAGUCCCUUUAAGGACUUAAGAGUAAGGCAGGAGAAUGGAAUUGACAUACAUGUAUUAAUUAAAUAAUGUACACAUAGGUUAAUACAAUCUUUUAUAAAACUAAAGAUUUAUUACAAUUUUCCUUUAAAGAUGGUUGGCCACUGGGCCAAAAGAUACUUUAAUUUGCACCUACCCAGCAAUAAAUAAAAAAUAAUUUAUAUUAUCCUUCCAUUAUCUUUGUCUAAAUUUAUCAAAUAUGCCCUUUAAAGAUGUAAUAUUUUUCUCAAUUGUUUACAUGUUUUUGCAGUUCAGAGAUCAAUCUAUUAUGUCAUAUUAAGAUAUAUUUUAAGUGUAAAUCAUUAAGAUGUAUACUGCUCCCUAGCAAAUUGGCACAGUAAGAUAAAAUGUACUGAAAGGAUGUAUUUCAGAUAAUAUCAAGGGACAGUAGAUGGCAGUCUCUAAAUUCAUUUCCGUCUUCAGUUCUAAAUUCAAACAAACACUAUUGUGUAAAAAUGAAGACUGAGGCUAUAUUUGAGUUAAAUGCCAAAGUUUGGCAGUGUUCAGACAACUCGAAUAUUUUUGGAUAAACUUUUCGGUAUUCGACUCACUGUUAAGAACCUGAUUUAAUAUUUUUGGAUCCGUUUUUAAAAUGAUUUCAUAAUUUUGGAUAUGAUUUAUUUAUUUUUUUUCAACUUUUUUUCCCAUACAUAAAAUUAAAAAAAAAAACCCCCAAAAAACCACAUAAACAUACACCGCACAGCAUCUCGACAAACCUCGGAAUAACUCAUCCAACUGCACUACCCACACUUGGAGGGUGACUCUAGCCCUGGGCAUAGAUCUUGCAGAUCAGUUAUAAUACACUGUUCAGUGAGGAGAUCUCUUUGAGGUGAAUUAUAUAUUCAGUUGUGUACACACGAUCCAAGGGGCCCCGGUGUGAAAAUUGAUCCGUCCCCCCCCCACCCGCACUUACUCUGCGUGGGCCGGGGCUGCAACCCCAGUAUGUACGCCACUGCAUGCAGAUACAUACACUUAAAGGACCACUAUAGGCACUCAGAUCACUUCAGCUCAAUGAAGUGGUCUGGGUGCCAGGUCCCACUAGUUUUAACCCUGCAGCUGAAAACAUAGCAGUUUCAGAGAAACUGCUAUGUUUCACUGAGGGUUAAUCCAGCCUCUAGUAGCUGUCUCACAGGUGCCAACAUUUAUUGAACAUUUAAGUAACUUCAUGACUGAGAAGCAAUCCUAUAUAUAUAAUUAUUAUUAUUUUUUUUUCUUCUCUCAGCCAUUACGAGGGGAACUGUCUUUUCCCAUUAAUUUUAAUAUUCAUUUUAUUUAUCCCCUAUAUUUAGUAAGUGUUUUUUUUUUUGCAAGAUCUGAAAUGAAAAGUAAAAUUAAUUGUAUAAAUCUAUCCUGGAACUGCAUGUCUCCAUCUUGGCUACCAGUCAAUCACUGUUAUAAAUGUUGCCUUUUUAGUAGUUAGUGAGAUAGGAGAGACCAAUACAAUGACGCCGACAUUUUUCCAUCAAAUAUUCAGCAAAUAUUUGCUGAAUCUUUUCUUUUUUUUUUAAGUUACUUUGAAUAUGCACAAUUUGUUUCACUAAUGGAAUAUCCAUUACCGUUUCUGAGCUAAGUCCUGUAGUACACUGGCUGAAAAUGCUGUCAGAUCUCUCUCAGCCAAUGAGCUGAGACAUGCACUGCAGGACUUAGCUGGUGAGAGUUAAUGAAAGUUCCUGUUAGAAUCUUCCAGCUCUCCGGUAUUAUUAGUGGGAGAUGUCCCCAGCAAUCCCAGGUAAAAAGUCAAAUUUACAAUGGAGGCCCGCCCCAGCCCUUAUGGCACCAUGACCACAACAGUGAGGAGUUGUAGUGGUUGGAGUGUUGGUUAAUACUAACAGCAGGUUGAUUGUUGCAUCUAAAAAAUACCUAAUACCUAUCUGCAUUGCACUGCAAACUGGACAUGAUUGCCAUGACAACUGCACCAGGACACCAUCAAAGUUGCGCUCAGGGUAGGCGCACUUCAUGCAAUCAUCAGAGUGAGUUACUGUUUGUGUUUGCAUAAAACUGACUCGCCAAAUUUCCAUGUGUUUAUUGAUAUCUACAUACACCAUGCCUAUUUGUAGUUAAAUUUAGAAUAAAUUUGUUUAUUUUAAUGUAUAGAAAGCAGAGUAAUUUAUUUUCCUCUUUACACCUACAUUUGGUAAUAUUUCCAUCUGUCAUGGAAACCAGGUGUUUAAUGUCUCAUAUUAAUCUCUAUGGGAAAUGUUGAAGCUUUCAGCAGCCCCUGAUUACCUGUUAUUAUACGUUAAGUUUUUGCAACAUGGGAAAAUUGUGUAAUAGCUGAUAACAGGACCUGUUUUAGUGAUUAUCAGGAACUAGCCCAUAUUUGGUGCACAUUAUAGUGUGAUUUAAUGCUUUGGAGCUCCGUGAUACAUACUGCAUAUAACUGGGAGUUUACUACUCUGGACCAUAUCACUAUCCGGGUUAUUUAAUAGAGCGAGAAUUCAAAGUGAAUUUCUAAUGUAAGGUCAAAAUAGCUUAAAUGAGAAAAAAAGUCUUUAAGUCGGCUAUGCUUUCAAUUAGACUACUCCUGGCUUUACGCUAGAAAUUCAUUUUGAAUUCUCACAUUAGUAAAUAAUCUUGUGGGAGUUUUAUUGCUGUGGAAUUGUGCGAUGCAUUUAUACACAUCAGUUGAAAAAAGGGAUUUGAUACGAAUUACCUAAUCAAACUGCAACAAAUUGCAGGACUUAAUGGAAAAAGUGAAAUAUUGGAAACCAUAGAUUUUUAUUUACUGUGAUCCACCCAUUGUAAUUCUGACACAUCACCUUCUUAAAGGACCACUCUAGGCACCCAGACCACUUCAGCUUAAUGAAGUGGUCUGGGUGCCAGGUCCUUCUAGGGUUAACCCAUUUUGUCAUAAUUAUAGCAGUUUCAGAGAAACUGCUAUAAUUAUGAAUGGGUUAAGCCUUCCCCCUAAUCCUCUAGUGGCUGUCUCAUUGACAGCCACUAGAGGCGCUUGCGUGCUUCUCACUGUGAUUUUCACAGUGAGAGCACGCAGCGUCCAUAGGAAAGCAUUGUAAAUGCUUUCCUAUGCGACGGGCUGAAUGCGCGCGCAGCUCUUGCCGCGCGUGCGCAUUCAGCCGGCGGGGAGGAUCGGAGGCGGAGAGGAGGAGGAGAGCUCUCCGCCCAGCGCUGGAAAAAGGUAAGUUUUACCCCUUUCCCCUUCCAGAGCCGGGCGGGAGGGGGACCCUGAGGGUGGGGGCACCCUCAGGGCACUAUAGUGCCAGGAAAACGAGUAUGUUUUCCUGGCACUAUAGUGGUCCUUUAAAUUGGUAAACAUAUAGUCCUUCAUUUGAUUUAAAACUUCAGCUCCCUCAAUGAUUUGCCGAGCUAAAAGUUGGCAAAGCUAUAAGAGGUGUAGUUCUACCCUUUUACCCCUCCUGUUCUAGAACACAGUAUUUUUUUUUUUUGUUAAAAAGCACACUAUAAUGUUAGGAAUACAAGUUUAUAUUGCGAACACUACAGUGUUCUCCUUUUUAUUUCGAUUCAGGCAACCUAAAUAAAAAAAAAACAACAACCUGGAAUAAAUACUAGUAUUACAGCCCUGGCCAAUCAGUUUUUCCUCAUAGAGAUACAUUGAAUCUAUGCAUCUCUAUUAGUAAAGUUCAGUGUCUCCAUGCAGAGGGUGGAGACUCUGAAUGUCAGUCACACUGUGCACCACUACCCCAGGAAGGAUCUCUAACAGCCAUCUGGGGAGUGGCCAGUGAAGUUAUCACUAGGAUGUAAUGUAAACACUGUAUUUUCUCUGAAAAGACCGUGUUUACAGCAAAAAGCCUGAAAGGACCGAUUCUACUCACCAGAACAAAUUAAAUAAGCUGUAGCUGUUCUGGUGACUGUCUCAUUAAGAAAAGAGCCACCACUGCACUCCUCCAAUAACUGGGUUUAUACGGCAGAAACACCUCUAGUGCUUGUCAGAAAUGUAACCCUGCAGUGUAAGUAUUACUGUAUCUACUAGAUGGCAGUGUUUUACAUUGCAGGGUCAAAACUAAUUGACCACUUCAUUUAGAUGAAUUGAUCAGUUUGCGUUUAAUGGUCCUUUAUCCAAUUAUUUUAGACAUCCCUAUAAACUGUUUGUUGACUACACACAGUUCACAGUGCUGAUUCAGAAAGGGAUUUACUGGGACAGAAAACCUAUUGUGUGUACUAUUUGGAGCCAUAAAAGAGAGGCCCGGUUAGCAGUUUUAACAAAUAAAGAACAUGUGAAAAUGUGCAACUACCAAUGUUGCUUAUUUAGCAAAUAUCAGCCCUAAAGAGACUCAUCGUUCAUCUAAAGUCCAUGGGACAAAGAAAUAGUAAUUUGUGAGUUUUGGGACAUAAGUAAGAAAAGGGAUGGGCAUUUUUUAUAGGUAUACAAUCCUUGGGCGAAUGAUUUUAGUGUGAUUCUUUUCGAAUUAUGAAUUUGGUUAGGGCAGGUAAGAUUUGUACUCCUUCUAGGAUUAUAAUUUACAGCACGGCAAGCAAUGACUACAAUAUUCCUAGUUAGUUACUACUAUUAUUCCUAGAUUUGAGUCCAAUGAAGUUGCUUCUUUAAUUGAAACUGCCAUUUUUAUUUAAUAUUUUGGCAUUCUUGAUUCUUUAAAGCAAUGAUUCCCAACCCAGUCCUCAAGUACCCCCUAACAGUCCAGGAUUCAGGGAUUACCCAUUUGUGUCUAAGGUGUUUUUAGAAAAAACAACAACAAAAAAACACUUUAAACACAAUAGGGUAAUCCCUCAAUUCUGGACUUGUAGGGGGUACUUGAAGACUGGUUUGGGAACUACUACUUUAAAGGAACACUCCCUCCUCAUAACGAUGUUGUAGCGGAGCUGCAAAAGUAAACAAUAUCUCCGUUGGUAGACUGUAACGACAUCCAAGAGAAAUGUAGUUCAACAGCAUAAUUCCAAUUUCCCAAUAACCGGACGAUACACAGUUGUGGGAGUCAACUGAUUUUUAUUCACCCACAGUUGGCUUUUUAAUUACAUUCCAGGGGUUUUCCCCUGAUGGACCUUGUUGGGGACAAGGGACAAAGCAACAUUUCCCAGACUCCUCUUUCAUUACAUUAUCUCCCAGGUACAGAAAAUAUACACUAUUUCAAACCCUUGUAAAACAUUAAUAUUGUUCAGAACGCCACCGAAUGGCAGGGAUCUGAAUGCCCACUCUGUCGAAAUAUCACUCAUAUCCGUUCGGUAGAUUAGGAACGCCAUUCGAGUGAAGUUUAGACCGGUCAGCCACGAGGUGAAACCCGAAAAUAGUUCAAGAAGGUUUUAGGCUUUGACCAGUCUUCUUUUGGGAGUAUUCACCAUCAUAAUAACGAAUGAACUUGUUUGUAUGGCAGGAGGUCGUGUGCCCUAUGUUUGGUAGUUGAUUCUAUACGAAUGCCGCUCUUUAUAGGUAAAAUGGAACGAACACACGAAGUGUCCGAUUUAUAGUUCCUUGCACUCGACGACCAAACACUGCUGGCUGUGUUCCUUGCGGUUUCUAAAUGUGAAUACAGUCAAUUGGAGGCACACGACUCCUCUGGCUGGUCACACUGUUCGGUGGAUGGUUCGACAUACGAAUAAUAUAGUUGGAAAAUUUGGAAAGCCCAAAUAGUCGAACCAAAUAGGUAUUCAAUACAAAUAGGUGGCUGGUUCUUCCAUAAAUGUUGUCUCAACAAUCUAGUCUUGUGGCCUGGGUCCCAUUUUACCUUAUGGAAUUAAACUAACAAUUUAAUCCCGAAGUUGUCCUUUCGGUGCUCGUCAGUACUGUCUCCUCAGGACGCCACAGUAAUCGGGAAAGUCAUUGUCACUAUCCAAUUAUUCAUACAUAUGUUAUUCUAUAUUAUCAUGCAUGCACAAGAGUACACAAGUGACUACUUGGCAACAUUGGGGAGAUUGAUAUCUCUUUUCUCCCCAGAGAAGCUUAUGCAUGCAAUCAUGUCACUUUGGGAAGGCUUUGGUUAAAGUGACAUUGUAAUAUUUUGCAUACUUUUAUAAAAAAAAGAUAAUUAGUAAAUGGGCUAAAUGUGCUUAAACAAACAAAAAGUAACAUUUAUUUGAAAUCAAGUGUGUAUAACGAUCACAAAAACUAGGACAAAAAAGCUAUUUUGUGUAAAGAUUGCUGUUCAGGGAUACAUAAAAUUAAAUAUUAAAUUUUCAUUUAUUUGCUCAUCCUGUGCAGAAAUGAGGGCUGCAGGGAGGGGGCAGUAAGUAAAAUUUUAAAGUAUAAAUAAUAUUCUUUAUCCUGCAUUACAUUCAUAUGUCUGGGUUUUAAACUGCUCUUUAAAACUGGAGGGUCCAUUUUAUUUUUACCAUUGAAUUUUUGAUUGUUAUUUUUCCCCAGGGGGAAAAGCUGUCAGAUAUAUACAAAGAUAAGAAAAAACCCAAGAAAAAAAUCCCUUCGCAGCACAGUUCCAAUGGUGUCUUCAUGAGGCGAGUCAGUGAGAAGUAA